CCUAGAAAUAGCUUAGUAGAGAAGAUCUGGACUAGAUUCUACACUACAGUCUAGCCUCUACUAAUCUAAUCUAGUACUCAGUAGUGUACUAGAUCUAUAUAAUUAUAAAAAAAUAUAAAUACUAUAUUAUAAUAAUAUAUUCUAAACUAUGAUUCAACAAGUCCACUGUACUAGCCACACAUCCAGUCACAUUGAAUUGAUUGACAGACGGAAGAAAUGAUGAUAGACACAGUCAAAAUGAGUUUCUUAAAUGACAAACUCAAUCAAUCUAUUUCUUAAGACAAAAUUCUUGAUGACAAAUUUUCAGAAUAAAAUGGAACAUGAUUCAGCUUCACUUCACAUACUUUUAAAGUAAAAAUAUAUAAGACACAAUGGCAAGCACCUGCCAGGGAAUAGAGUUUGUUAUUGAUGGUAAAAAGUCAGAAUUAGUCAAGAAACAUUUAGUCAAAAUAGAAAAGCUGUUUAGUGUGAACAUAGUACUGAAAGAUCAUUUCCGUUUAAAACAACAAUAUGAUGGUGUGAAACAGUGGAUACAUAUUACUGGACCAGUAAAUGAUUGUAACAAUGCCAAGAACUAUAUCAUUGCGCUCACGUCUCCGGAAUUCUAUCAAAGUUUAAAGAGAAUGAAGAACCAUCCUUUACUUACUCCCAACCAGUUGGAUCUUAUUGAACAAAGAGCACAGACUGUUUUGGCUUUUGAAGAUGGCAGUGACGACCUGAAAAUUUAUGGCACUGAGUUCUCCGUUGCAGUGGCUCAAUCACUGAUUGACCAUAUUAUAAAAGAGACUCAACUCUGUCACAUGAAUGACUCUGACUCUGAUGAGGUUGACACAGUAGCUAGGGACAGAAAUAACUCAGCUCUGAGUACUUUACAGAAACAUCAAAAUCCUCCAUUUUUGUCUGAUUCCAAGACAAACUAUACCACAUAUGCCUCACCAUCCGUUUUAUCACCAGUAACUCUUGGUGGACAAGAAACUUGUGAUGGGGGUCUUAGUGACAGACAAUUAACUUUCAGGGACACAAUUCCUUUUACAAAUGGACAUUUCCUCCAGCCUAAAAGUUAUGAACGAGGGAAAGCUGACCAGAAUCAUGCAAUCAAUCAGGCUGAUUCUUUGUGGCAGUUUGCUUUAGAUUUACAUUAUUGUCCUGAAGACAUCGAGAGAAGUUUAUCACAGUAUGAUAUGAACAACAUUGUGAAACCUUCUGACUUCUUAAAGACUCUUGAUGAAAUCAAAUCUAGUCGACACUGUGGUUUGAAACAGGCCAGUGGCGCAACCGCCCAGGCUCAAAUUACAAUGGCUACCAAAGGUACACAUAUCCAUGUUCCAAUUUCAAAUGUUGCCAACACUGGCAAUAAUGUCACUAACACUGGCAAUAACAUUGACUUAAAUGAUAGUGUGAUUUUUGUUGGCGAAGAGGCUCCAGCUGUUUCAGUGCUGGACACUGUAAUCAUUUCUGAUGAUGAGGCAGACAUUGAAAUAGACAGCACAGUUUUAGCUUGUACUUCAGCAAGGGGAGCUACUGGAGGUGGGCUACUAAAAUCACCCAAGAGAGGUAACUCCAAACCAUCCUAUCCAUCACAGAGAGACAUUCGAAGACCUACAGUCAAUACUUUACAGACAAAUGAUUCUACUGAGUCAGAGGAAAAUACCUGGCCAAAACAGGAUUACAGAAAAGACCUUAGAUACAUUGUCAUAGAUGGCAGCAAUGUGGCUAUGGCACAUGGUGACAAUAAAUGUUUCUCAGUACGAGGUAUUGUUAUUGCUGUGAAGUAUUUUAAAGAUAGAGGCCAUGACAGAAUCACAGUGUUUGUCCCUGAAUCUCGACGUUAUGGAGAUCCUAGUAAAGGAUGGUAUAACUCAGAUCCCAUCAGAGGAAAACAAUUAUUAGAAAAACUUAACCAGGAUGGAAUAGUUAAAUUUACACCAGCUCGUCGAUUGGAUGGUGGCAGAAUAAUAGCAAGUUAUGAUGACAGGUAUAUUUUAAACCUUGCUGAACAAGAAGAUGGAAUUAUUGUAUCUAAUGAUCAGUUCAGAGAUUUGUGUGAUGAACGAGCCACAUAUAAAAGGAUUGUACAUUCAAAUCUUCUUCAAUAUGUCUUUGUUGGAGAUGCAUUUAUGCCUCCUGAUGAUCCACUGGGUCGCAAUGGUCCAAAACUUGAUGUGUUUCUGAAAAACCCUUCUUACAACAAACCUAAUGUAUCAUUCAUGCCCUUCAAAGAAGUAAACAGAGUUGACAAGCCUUGGCAGAAACCUAUCAUCACAGCUAGUGCUAAUCCUAAUGACACCAGACGAAGUCGGGAAGAAACACAACGGUUGUAUGAACAGUUGAUUCAGGUAUUUCCCAACAAAGACCAGUCCCUGCGUGUCUACCAAGUUCUAGAGAACCACUGUACGGAAACAGACCUGGUCAAACUGACCAAUUAUGUCAUGAAUGCUCUUUUCUCUAAAGACCAUUAACAGGCAGACGGCGCUGUCCAUUACCCACCCAACACAAAAAGAUGAAUAUAUUGUUCCACUAACUGUCUGAGCUAUGUAGCUCAUUAUGUUUGAAUUGGCCAAUAAUAACAUAAAAAUCACUGUAUGCCUUGCUCAAAUGUGAUUGUAUUUUUAUUUGUAUCAUUUAGAUUUCUCUGAAUAUCUGGAGUAACCUGUACAGGAGAAUGUUUAUUUGGUAAUAAAUUGAGACAACUUUUUUUGUAUACGAGUGCAAUAAUAAAAUACUUUCUUGUGUUGAUGUGUUUCUGCGUCUAGUUACAGGGCUCUGCUUAUGUAUUGGAAGACUUUGAGAACUAUGGAGUUUCAAUGAAAAACUCAUGCAAUGAAAUUGAAGUGUAUAGACUGAAGCUAACUAUUCCUCCCACUCAACAUUCCUUAUGCUUUAAUAGAAACUUUUUUCAAAAUAAAAUGUGAUUCCCUUGUCCUAAGCAAAAAAAAAAAAAGAUUCAUUUCAAGAAACCAAUCAAAGAAUUUUAUGAAAUUCUUUUAAAGCAUGUUUAUAAAAAGUGUGUGAGAUGGCUGUUGAAAAAUAGAAAUAUCAAUCAUCAACUUUAUUUCCUGUGAUGUCAUAACUGUGUAUUAAAAAACGUGUAUUAAAAAACAAAAACAAAAAAAAAACAAUAUAGGCAGCUAUAGAAUCCUACAAUUGUUGGUUGUGCUUGUCAUUUCUCUGAUAUAUUUUUAAAACAUGUAUCAAUAUUUCAUUAUAAGAUUUACAUCUUUUAAAUAUUUUUUUUUGUCAGUUUUAAGAUAGUCUAGUUUAUAACCUUCAAAAAUGUACAUAUGUUAAAAUGAUUUUUUUUUCGACUACAAAUACUUACCUUAAUUAAAGCAAACUUGAGCAGAUUAGGACUGACUGCAUCACAUAAAGACAACAGAGCUGAAUCAAUGACAAUGAUCUGCAAGUCUCUAAAACUAUUACUGUAUACCGGUACAUCUGGUGUGUUGCAAUAAAAAAAAAUCAAAUAGCA